AUGGCUCUCGGCCUGGAAGGCCUCCGCCUCUCUACUUCCUGCCGCCAGAGAGCCCGGAUUCACUUCCGGCAACCGCUGCCCGCACGGGGAAAGUCUCCCCUGACUCCCGCUUUCUGCUCCCCGCCAUUUCYGGAGCUCGCCAGCMUGUCUGUGGUUCCACCCAAUCGUUCGCAGACGGGCUGGCCCCGGGGGGUCACCCAGUUUGGCAACAAGUACAUCCAGCAGACCAAGCCCCUCACCCUGGAGCGCACCAUCAACCUGUACCCUCUUACCAAUUAUACUUUUGGUACAAAAGAGCCCCUCUAUGAGAAGGACAGCUCUGUUGCGGCCAGAUUUCAGCGCAUGAGGGAGGAAUUUGAUAAAAUUGGAAUGAGAAGGACUGUAGAAGGGGUUCUGAUUGUACAUGAGCACCGGCUACCCCAUGUGUUACUGCUACAGCUGGGAACAACUUUCUUCAAAUUACCUGGUGGUGAACUUAACCCAGGAGAAGAUGAAGUUGAAGGACUAAAACGCUUAAUGACAGAGAUACUGGGUCGUCAAGAUGGGGUCCUGCAAGACUGGGUCAUUGAUGACUGCAUUGGUAACUGGUGGAGACCAAAUUUUGAACCUCCUCAGUAUCCAUAUAUUCCUGCACACAUUACAAAGCCUAAGGAACAUAAGAAGUUGUUUCUGGUUCAACUUCAAGAGAAAGCAUUGUUUGCAGUCCCUAAAAAUUACAAGCUGGURGCUGCACCACUGUUUGAAUUGUAUGACAAUGCACCAGGAUAUGGACCCAUCAUUUCUAGUCUCCCUCAGCUGUUGAGCAGGUUCAAUUUUAUAUACAACUGAAUACCUGCAGCAGAGGAGAAGUAAAAGAAGCCGUCUCUGUGAGCACAGCUAUACACAGUGUAGAAGAAUAAACGUCUUAGUAAAGUUUUUUUGGUUUUUAUCCCUUUCCCAAUCCCUAAAUUGCCGCUACUUUCUAUUGUUUGAAUAGUAAAGUUAAUAUGAGGAACUAGAGAGUGGUGUAAACAAAUGUGAUAAUGUUUAUUUACUUUUGGUUCUACUCAUAAUUUUUUGUACAACAUUAAAGAAAGCAAACUUCUUUCUAUUUGUAUUCUUUUUUUAAUUUCUCAUUAAACUUUGAAAAUCUCAAAAGUUGAGGAUUGUUCUUUCCCUCCUCUAGGCUGGUGAACAUUAAAACAGUGGCAGUUUAGGUUAGUUGAGUUUGUGGGACCCUUGCUCCAGUACCAUUUUGGGGCACAUAUUCCAAACCCAUUACUGGUUUGUGAUGAGGAUCUUUCAUUACUUUUGGGAGCUAAUUUGUCUGAUUGAGUCCAAGGUGCAAUUCCUGUACCACACUUUACACUCUUGUGAAUUCUCUUGCUGAGAACUCCCKGGAUAUUAACUUACCAGUAUGUUUUACAGCCAUCUAGGCCUYAGUAACAACAGAUAUUAAACAUAGGGGAAAUCAUUAAAAUAUACUGGGUUAGCUAAGUCAUGGGAAUUGGUACAAAAAAGAGACCCUUCUAGAUAGAGCUCAUGUAGUGUUGUUUUUUUAUACAGUGGGUUUAUUAAUUAUUUGUGCUAUUGUGAAAUUGUUUUUUAAUUAUCCUUAGAGCCAUGGUAAUACUAUUAGGUUAUAAAGUCUCAGCUUGCAGAGUUAUCUCAACUAACUUGAGUUUAUAUCCAUAGAGAYGGAAACCUUGUUUUAGCAAGUGACAAAAGGCUUUAAAAAUUUUUUUUGGAAUAAUCAAAAUCAACUGAAUUCUGGGUGCAGGGUAGAAGACAGAUUUUGUCAGCAUAAGAGAAAAGUACCAAAUUUUUAAAAACUUACACGAACACCAUCCAGUUAGAUUCAAUGGGACUCUGCUGGUUGCACCAUUAUUUUAGGGUCAAAAGUAUAUUGUUUAUGCAUCAUUAUAGACUUGUUGACUAUAGGAUUAAUGUGAAAGAAAUCUUGCAAGGUAUAGCUUGCAAGUUUGGUAAGUUUUUGAUAGGUAGAGAUGAACUUUUGAUUAGUUCAUAUAUUUUUAUGGUACUGAUCACAAGGCUGGUAGUCUGAAUAUGGARUGGUCAAAGAUAUGUCAUGCUCUUCCCUAUUCAGACCUGAUCGGGCCAAGAGUGGCUGAGGAAUUGUAAACAUUCACAUUUAUUUAGUUGGAGUCUUAUCAGAUAUUCACACAAUUGUGAAGCAUUGAUGUACCUGUGCUCAUUCUUUGUAAUAGAUGAGUACCAGUCUUCCUGACCAAAAGUGAAGAGUUUUGUCCUUUGAAAAAGUCACUAAUCCUUUAAAUAGUCCUCUUCCCUCAAGGGCUAACAGUCUUGUCCCUCUGAUUUACAUUAUGCUAGAGUCUUUAGUUGAUCCUUCCGGUUGGAGAAUAUAGAGAUGCAGAUAGGUUGAUCCAGUUCAUUUCCCAUGACUGCUUUGGCAUAUAAGUGAAAAGAUAACAUUUCAGAUGUGAGCUCUUGCAAUUCUGGGAGGGUAGUGAUUUAAACAUGCUGUUAGUCUAAAGAGUGUUUGAGUUAAAGUCAUCUGAUUCAAGGCCAGUUAUUGCCCUUUGUAACUCACACUUUGACCUAGAAAAUCUUGGUCACUUGUACAAGUUCUACAGUCAGUCAUCUAUAUACCAGAACCUAGUGAGCAAAACCUUUAAGUUGGCUGGGUUACUGAUUUGGGGAUGUAAGAGAUCUGGUUUUGAAUGUAAAAUUCAUAUUGCACAAACACCAACUAAAACUUGGAUCCCAGUAUUUUAAGUUUCAUAGAUAUAGAACCUGAGGGAUUAAAAUUUGGUUUAUUUAUUUUAAGCCUUAAAAGAGAAUGUGGGCACUGAUUAAUAUUAAGAUUGUCUGAUUCAUAAUUUCUUACCAUACUCCUUCAAGAACUAAGUUUUAAAAUUUGCAUUCCAAUGAUCUUCAUGCUAAAUAUUGGAUAGUUUUUAACAGGCAUAUUUUUGAGUACUUACUGUGUCCCAGGUUGUUUAUAAAUGAAAGCCCACUUUUACAAUUUAUAACCAUGAUUUAUGCUAUCUUAUUUUCCAUGAAUACUCCAAGUAGUACAUAUUCUGUUUAAAACAGUAUACUAAGUGGCACUACAAAAUGUUUAUAAUAAAGUAGGGAGAAGAAAUUUUUAGUUCAGUUUUAGUUCUUGUUUGAAGUCAUUCAGUAUUGACAUCCCUUUAGAGGAAAAUGAGAUUUUUUUUUAUGUUGUUUUAAGCAUUUUAAUUUUUUUCUUCCUUUUUUAAAAAAAGUAGGCAAUACUUAAAAUGGCAUCGUUCUGUACAUAAUUUGUACUGUAACAUAUUUCAAAGUUUUUGAAUAACCAGCAUUCAGUUAUUUUUGGAAUUUAARGGUCCCAUUAAAUUAACAUUAAUUGUAUUUGGAUAAAAUGUAAUAAUCUAAUAGCAGGUCUGUUUUCUUACAAAAGAGGUGGAGGACAACCUUCACAUUCAUCAGGCCAGCAACUGUCAGUUUACAGUUUCCUUUCUUAAAUAAUCUGACACUUAGGCCCUCAGCUAUUUAAACUACUUGCUUAGUCACCUGAGAUGAAAUGCUUGGAGUAGCUUUUCCAUAUUUUAGUUCCUCAAACUUAAUGUUUUACUAGUAUGUUUGGAACAAUGUGUGCUGAUCGCUAAGGCUGUUGCAGAGAAUUUGCAGCUUUACAUGUUGCCUUGCUAUAGAAGGCUUAGUGGGUUUUCUCUGUAAUACAARUCAGCUUCUGUAAUAUAAGACUUGRUGUUCCCAUACUUAUUCCACUUGUUUUUACAUCACUUAUUGUAUGGGUUAAACUCAUUUCAAGGGAUUUGCUUUUGUUAUUUAAAUGUGUAAUGAGAGCCUAGGAUUCCCAAUGAAUCUGGAGGCUGAAGCAGGAGGACUGCAAGUUCAAGACCAACCU